AUGCAAGUGCCAGUUCUCGGCUGCACUUUCCUCAUGCUGUCAGAUCGUGAGGAAAGUACUGCCGAGAACCGGCAGUUGUCAGAGCGGGGAUCGGCACCGAUCAUCAGGGCACCGAUGAUCAGUGCCCUGAUGAUCGGUGCCCAGCAGUGCCACCCGCAAGUUCCGCCCACCUGUGCCCAGCAAUCACCCACCUGUGUCCAGCAGUGCACCCACCUGUGCCCAGCAGUGCACCCACCUGUGCCACUCUGCAAUGUCACACACCUGUGCCCAGAAGUGCCACCCUACCUGUGCCCACCAGUGCCACCCACCUGUGCCCACCAGUGCCACCCACCAGUG